UGCGUGCGUGCGUGGACACCGACGCAGCAGCCCUGCCUGUCGUUACCAUUGACGUCCCUCUCCUCCCUCUUUUCUCUUGUCACGGUGUUUUUCGGGAGGUGGAGGGGGGAUCCCGUUCUCUCUCGCCUCCUUCACAGAAAACAAAUGCUAUGUUUCCGACACAAGGGAGACAUAUCUUCGUGCUGCGCCGCUGCUCAUCCGACGCCGGCGACUUUUCAUAUACGGCACUUUCAGCCAAACCGAAUGAGAGCAGCUAAGGGCGGACUGGACUGAGAGGGAGAGCCGGAGACUGACUGGGAGGCAGCACAUCCGCCGCUUUCUUUAAUACAACCGCAGUUUGCCAUUGAUUUAUUUCCCAAGGCCCCGGGCAUCUCCCGGCGGCUUAAGAUGUUCUCUCAGACGGUUCCUGGUUCUGUUUACGUGACAGUUUCUUCGUGGGAGCCACCGGUUUAACCCUUGUCACCCAGAAAAAUUAUAUUAGCUAGCUAACAGGAAAACACAAACUCCCCCCUUUUUUCUCAACUCAGCCCGUGGUGGUCGCAGGAACGCAGAGAGCUCGCGGCUGUGUUUCCUCUUAUUAACCCUCAUCAGUUGCCUCAGUGGUUGUGUUUCCUUCCCUUUCUCACCCGAAGACGAUGCAGCUUGAAGUAAACUGGUGACCACCCGGAUUGUUUUGUGAAAGAUCCAGCCAGCGUCCACCGAAAUGUGUGAACACAAACCCACAGCCUACUUUUCUUUUCUCCUGGACGGCGGAGCGAACUCAGGGACGAAAAUGUCUUUACGCACGGCACUGCCUGGGAACGAGCGGAACCCGGACCAUCAUACCUCCCUGUCGGCCAGCCGCUCAGAGAAGGGUACCGGCUGGUCAAGCCGCUCGCUUGGUGCCCGAUGUCGUAACUCCAUCGCCUUGUGUUCAGACGAGCAGCCACACAUCGGAAACUACCGACUGCUCAAAACCAUUGGGAAGGGCAACUUUGCCAAGGUCAAACUGGCACGGCACAUAUUGACUGGCAGAGAGGUUGCAAUAAAGAUCAUCGAUAAAACACAACUCAACCCAACCAGCCUACAGAAGCUGUUUCGAGAGGUACGCAUCAUGAAAACUCUCAACCAUCCCAACAUAGUGCAGUUGUUUGAGGUGAUUGAGACAGAAAAGACUCUUUACCUGAUUAUGGAGUACGCCAGUGGAGGCGAAGUGUUCGACUACCUCGUGGCUCACGGCAGAAUGAAGGAGAAAGAGGCCAGAGCCAAGUUCAGACAGAUUGUGUCAGCAGUGCACUACUGUCAUCAGAAGAACAUUGUUCACAGAGACUUGAAGGCGGAGAACUUGCUACUAGACGCAGACUCCAACAUCAAAAUAGCCGACUUUGGCUUCAGCAACGAGUUCACUGCGGGCAGUAAACUGGACACGUUCUGCGGUUCCCCGCCCUAUGCAGCCCCGGAGCUCUUCCAAGGGAAGAAGUACGAUGGACCAGAGGUGGACAUCUGGAGCCUGGGUGUCAUCUUGUACACACUGGUCAGUGGGUCGUUGCCCUUUGAUGGACAGAACCUAAAGGAGCUGCGGGAGCGUGUUUUGAGGGGGAAAUAUCGCGUGCCCUUCUACAUGUCUACAGACUGCGAGGGAAUCCUGCGCCGCUUCCUGGUCCUCAACCCUGCCAAGCGCUGCUCGCUGGAGCAAAUAAUGAAAGACAAGUGGAUCAAUGUUGGCUAUGAGGGCGAGGAGCUUAAGCCCCACACAGAGCCUGUGGAGGAUUUCAACGAUACUAGUCGCAUUGAUAUUAUGGUUGGGAUGGGCUUCAGCAGGGAAGAGGUCAGAGAUUCUCUGGUCAGUCAAAAAUACAACGAGGUCACUGCCACAUACCUGCUGCUAGCACGCAAGAAUGAGAUUGACGGCAACGAGUCUCGGUCAGGCAGCACUCUGAGUCUAGCUCGAGUCCGGCCCGGCACCAUGUCCAACGGAACCAGCAAACACUCCACUUCCUCCUCCUCCUCCGGUGCACCCCCUUCUUCCUCUGGCCACAAGGCACAGCGCAGCGCCUCGACAUACCACCGCCAGAGACGUCAUUCAGACUUCUGUGGUCCAGCGGUUCCAGGUUCGACGCAUCCCAAACGGAGUCCCAGUGGUGUAGGUGAAGGGGCGGGGCUUAAAGAGGAGAGGUUGUCAAUCCGCAAGCCGAGCACCAAUACCGUUGGCUCCCGUAGCAUCCCAACCCCCUCUAGUCCCAUGGUUAGCUCUGCUCACAACCCAAAUAAAGCCGAGAUACCUGACCGACGCAAGGAAGUGAACUCAACUACAAAUAACAUCCCUGCCAGCGCCAUGACUCGAAGGAACACGUAUGUGUGCACAGACCGAUCCAGCACUGACAGACACUCACUGCUGCAAAAUGGCAAGGAAAACAGUACCUUAUCCCACCGCCUUCCCCCUGCCUCCCCCUCCACCCACAGCAUCGCUGGCGCCUCUGGGGCCUCCUCUUCAACCUCCACACCCUCCUCCCGCCUCUCUAGAGGAUCCACGGUGAGGAGCACUUUCCACGGAGGGCAGAUUAGAGACCGUCGGCCUCCCUCCCAUGCUCCCCCGGCUUCCCCCACACCGUCCCAUGAUGCCAGCCCGCUGCCCCAUGCCAGGACCCGGGCCACAACCAACCUUCUGAGCAAAAUCACCUCCAAGUUGACCCGCAGGGUCACAGACGAACCUGAGAGAAUCAGCAGAUCUCCGGUCACAAGUCGCCAUCUAUCUGGGCAUCAGAAAGCGGCCGAGCCCCGGACCCCCCGAUGCGGCUGGGAUGUGAGGGUGCGGAGCCCUCGCGACCCGGCCGAGGUGGUGCUAGCGCUGCGUGAGGCAGCGCAGGGCUGCGGCUGCCAGGUCCACCUGGCCGGGCCUUUCCUCCUGUCCUGCACCCACGGAGCAGCCGGCGCCCGGGUGGCCUUCGAGGCCGAGGUCUGCCAGCUGCCCAGCGGGCUGGGCCAGAGCAGCGGUGUGAGGUUCAAGCGCCUGUGGGGGGCACCGUUAGCCUUUAGAGACAUCGCCACCAAAGUGUCCAAGGAGCUGGAGCUCUGAGGGCAACAGGAGGCGGGGCAGAUUGAUGACGGACAGGACAGAUUGAUGAUGAAUGAGGAGGGAUGAGGAGGGGGAGGAACAAAGAGGCAGACACCGUCACCUUCUCCUCCUCCACCCUGGGCUCCACCUCAUCUGAUGUGGCUAGCGAUGCCUCGCCUCCGCCAAAGACCCUCUUCCUCUGAUGCCACCAAUCACAGCCAGACAAACGGAUGCACAGACACGGAUAGACCGCCAUCGGCAGACUUAUGAUGACCCUUGACCUUGGAGCUGUCAGUGACCUACAACCCCUGCUUAAAACACACCACCACCUCCAUAUUACGCGAGCCCAUGGAGUCAAACUGUUUUGUUUUUUUUUCAUGAUUUCAUAUUUGAUGAUGAUGGAGGAUGACGUUGCUGAGAAUGAUGGAGACUGAUAAUUUGUUGUUGUUGACAUUGUUAUUCCUCUUGUACCAUAUUUGUCAUCAUUCCUUUUUAAAGAGCUGCUAUUUAAAGAAAUGUUUUAAUUUUUGUGUAUUAAGUUUAUUUUCUUUCUUUAAUGCUUUUAAAAUGGGCAGAAGUUUGACAUCUGUUGUCAUCCUUGGAAGCAGACGUCACAUAUUUUAGGAGUAAGGGCACAGUCUGACCUCCGGCCUCUAGAGGGAGACAUGCAGAAAUGCAGAAACUUGUGACAGACUGAAUGACGCACCAUGCCCUCUCUGCCCAUCCGUUGACCAAACCCAUUUUACUGCUCAGUCGUUUGCACCAUUUCUGGCAAAAUGUCUUUUCUGCCAGUUAUCCAAAUUGUGUUGAUAGCUGGCAGGUUAGUUGCUCACAGAUGAGCAAAGCUGCCUGAUAAUACAGGACCCAAAAUGAAAUGUUGAAAUGAAAUGUACUUGAUAACCUGACCAUUUGAGCUCAGGCUCUGCUCCUCACAAAUACUUAUCUUUGCCUGAUGUUGUGUUCUUCGCCACAUUUCUCAACAAGUAAAAUUUCUGAAAAUGUUUUGAAAAUUCUACCAACUGAAAAAACUGGACCUCCAUCUGAAAUCACGAUUUGAUCGGGUUGUUAUUUUUAUUUCACAACAGGAUAUCUGAGCUGGCUCUGUAUUUAUUUUACAAUAGUUGCUAAUCUGGAGUGGGAUGUACGCAAAGGAAAAGAGCCACUUUAUAGUAAUUUACCCAAAAACUCCCUAGUCAGCAGGUUUAGUUACUUAACAUUCAAAAAGCAGGUUUUGUCAGACAAUCUGAAUUUAUUGUUCUGAGACAAUAUUCUCUCUCCAGUUUCACUAAACUACAUUUUUUAUUGGUAAGAAAAUGAAAAUUGAUUAUUUUUCAGCACAUGUCGAAUGUUUUCACUUCAUUUAUUCAUCUGUGCCACAAAUGCUUAAAAAUCGUAUUUUCUCAGCAAAUAUAACUGGUCAAAUGGCAUAGCUUUUAUUUUUGACUGAUCCUAGUUUUUAUCUGGAUUGAUGAUAAUUUAGAAGAAAAAACAAGAAAAGCUCAUUUUCACUCCUGUUCCUGCGAGGCCAGUGCAAAUAUAUUUUGGUCCAUUGUCAAACAGUAAAAGGUGAAGGAGCCACAGACUUCUCCUCUCUGCUCUUUUUUUUUUUUUUACAGAUCACCUCCAAGUUUGUUCAUUAUAAUUUUUUCUCUUCUUCCAAAAACAUUUUCCCCACACACGAUUACUGUAGCACUAAUACAGUAAUUACUGUAUACAUUGCUCGAUCUGGUAGCACUUUGACAUAACCACACUGUAUCACCUGUCAGGAUGCCAUCGCUGUCGCAUUCCUCAAGUGUAGUGCAAUACAACCACAAAGCCAAGAGUUAACACUUGAAAAAGCAUUGAUUAAGACUUAAUAGGGCUCCUUGUUUGAUUCAUUUUUUUCAUUUUUUUUAUAUUACUGAUAUGUUGUUAAAAUUCAUGAUGCACUUUUUUGCUUUUUAGCCGGGUUCUCGUUGUACUGUUCUGGCAGAGUUUUUAGUUGAUCUGCAUUUUUCUUUUAUUAAGUUGUUAAAAAUCAUAUUGUUUCACACAUUUAAAGCCCACUGAAGUGAAUAAUUGACAGUCUGAAAGCCUUUCUUUUCUUUACUUACAUGUACCAACCUACAAUGGCGUCUUGGCAUCAUUCACUUUCCACAGUAAAGCUGGAGUGAUGACUUUAAGGUUUCCAGGUAGAGGUGCCAUUUGAAUCCAUUGAUGCCACAAAGUCAUAUCAAUGAAACUGUUAGAAAGUACCAAAUUUCUGAAAAAUUCAAAACAGUGAUCUGUCUCUGCAAACUUUUGUCAGAUUUAACAGUCUUCUUUCAUCCAGUGUCACAUUUGUUUUGUGUUUUUUAACUCAGCGACACUUUUGAUAUAGAAACUGUGGAUUUUUCCCUCUUGACCAAUCAGGCUGCAGCACUGAUGAGCGGUGUAUGACUGUUGAACCCAGUAUUGCUGUAAGAGGUGUAUGACUGUUAACUAAUCAGACCCCUGCCUCAUCAAGCCAAUGUAUAAUUUAAAAGCAUGCAACGUGUGCAGUGAUGAGGCAGUGGUUUAAGACGAGAAUGUGACCUUGAAUGACCCUUUGAGAAAUUUGAUUCUUAGAUUUUUUUUAAUAAAAACUAUGUGCUUCUCAUCACAGAACAAAUCAACCAGGAUUCAACGAAAACACCAAGUGUUAUAGUCAUUAUGUGUUUCUGCAUUGACGCUGACAACUCCAAAAUCAAAAGGUUGUUGUAUUUACAUUGUAACUCUUUAAAGCCAAGCAAUUAUAACUUGUACUUUCGAAGUAUACAGCAUCUAACAAAACACUGAUAUGGAAAUGGAAAAGUUAGAUGUUACAACAGAUUUGUGAUCUUUACGGCUGUAAGGUCUACAUGUUUAUCUGUUUCAUGGGAGAUUUCAGCCGCAGCACGUGUCCACCACUGUCUGAAAAUGUGAAGCUGUGAUUUAGGGCUAGUUUUUGCAGUUUUCCUUUUUUUUUUGUGUACAACUGGGCCACACUCUCUGAACCUGUUCUCUAGAUACAGUUAGGGCCAUGCUUUAAGGCUACAGUUCUGUUGUAUAGUGUGUUUGAAGCUGUCGCUGUUAUCAACAAAACUUAACUUAUGGGCUGAAAUUAAAGAAAUGAUCGACCUGCAAUCCUGCAUGUCUCCUAGGAAAUAAUGUGUGACACAAAAAUAAAGACUUUCAACCUCUUUCAUAUUUUAUGUCGUUUUUUUUUUUUUUUUCAGAUAUGGAUUUGAUGUUUUUGAUGAGACAUUGCACCAGUUUCUUUGUGUUAUUGUUAAGCUGUUGUGUAUGUGUGUGUGUGUGUGUGUGUGUGCAAAGCUGCACAUAUCAGUGUCAGUGUGUUAUGAGAAAUGGCAAAAUAUCCAUGUAUGUGUUUCCCAUAAAGAAAACAUGAAGUAGAGGGUUUGAUUGUUCCAGGGGGCACAGUUUAAUUGUCCAGUUAUAUUUUACAACCAAAAAAAUGUUUUAGUUUUUUGGGGGGUGAAUAUACAUAGCCAUGACCAGACUAUGCAUGGAUUGAUC